AUGGGGAAGAUGGUGGCUCUCAGGUCUCUAUAUCGUGCAGCUUCUCGUAGAUCUUCGAUAGGCUUCGCAGCUGUUGCCGGCAACCAGCUCCUUCGCCGUCAGUCAGCUCCUCGAUCCCUGUUCACUCUCUCUUCCGCCACCGCUUCUGCGGAUCGCAUCGCUUCCGGUUCUCGAUCUCCUUUGGCAAUCAAUAUUGGUAGCAAAAGAUCUUAUAGUGAGGAUGUGGCACACUUGCCCGAGAUUAAGGACCCUGAUGUCUUAUGUGCUUUCAAGGACUUGAUGGCUGCAAGUUGGGAUGAACUUGAUGCGACAGUCAUCCAUGAUGUGAAGAAUGCUCUGUCGAAGAACACUGAUGACAAAUCCGGUCAAGAGAUAUUGAAGAAUAUUUUCCGGUCAUCUGAAGCUGUCGAAGAAUUCAGUGGGAUGGUCAUGUCUCUAAAGAUGGAGCUAGAUGACAGCAUUGGGAUGAGCGGCGAGGAUGUAAAACCGCUAACAGAUGAUUAUGCAAAGGCAAUCCGCAUGUUUUUUGAACGAUACUCUGCGUAUUUGGAGUCAUUUGGACCUGAUGAGGCCUAUCUGAGAAAGAAAGUAGAGAUGGAAUUGGGUUCAAAGAUGAUAUUUUUGAAGAUGAGAUGUGCUGGCCUAGGAUCAGAGUGGGGCAAGGUGACCCUGAUUGGUACUUCUGGACUUGCUGGAUCUUAUGUUGAACAAAGAGCUUAA